UUUAAUAGCAUACGAAACUGAAACCCUAGUUGGCAUUGUCUUCGUUCUUCACUUUCUCUCAGCGGCGAAAGCAUCAGCAUUAGCCAUGGCCUCUUCGAGAACUGUGAAGGACGUUUCGCCUCACGAAUUCGUCAAAGCUUACUCUGCCCACCUCAAACGAUCUGGCAAGAUGGAGCUGCCUGAGUGGACUGAUAUUGUGAAAACUGCAAAGUUCAAAGAAUUAGCUCCCUAUGAUCCCGAUUGGUAUUACAUCAGAGCUGCUUCUAUGGCAAGGAAGAUCUACUUGAGAGGGGGUCUUGGCGUCGGCGCAUUCCAGAGAAUUUAUGGUGGUAGCCAGAGGAAUGGAAGUCGCCCUCCCCAUUUUUGCAAGAGCAGUGGUUCUAUUGCUCGGAACAUUCUUCAACAGUUGCAGAACAUGAACCUCAUUGAGAUGGACACCAAGGGUGGCAGGAAAAUAACAUCUAGUGGCAGACGGGAUCUUGACCAAGUUGCUGGACGAAUUGUAAUCGCACCUUGAUUUAUGAAAUGAUGUUGCUGAGACAGAAGUUUUGAUGUAUACCUAAAUUCCGGUUUUAGCUACUAUUAUCAUCUAAAUUUGCCGUUUUGAAUGUGUUAUUUUUUUAUCAUUAAAUUAUAUUCCUACAUUUAAGUUAUUUUUAUAUUUCAACCUUCACCUUGGACAUUA